AUUACGGAGAAAGACGGAAAAUUGAGUUUCACUUGUCAACAUGGACCGGAUGAGUGUUAUGGAAAUAAGGUACACUCUUGUGCUCUUGAUUUGGCACAAGGAGAGCAAGGAAUAAGAUUUGCAAUGUGUUCUAUGGAAUCUUAUGAUGCUACUGCGGACCAAUUUUUGAAAAAGUGUGCAGCUGAUAACAAUAUUAGUUGGGAUGAAAUACAAAACUGUUUGAAAUCUGGAAAAGCCGAUGAGUUGCUUGCUGCAAACGGCAAGAAAACUUAUUCCUUGAAACCAAAAUUGGCCCACGUGCCGACAGUGGUAUUGGACAACAAAUUUCAAGAAAGAAUCAGUUCUAUCGCCUUAAAUGCUUUAGAUAAAUUAGUGAACUUCAUCUUGAAUGAUAGUAAAUGUUACUGGUGCAAUAAAUAGCAAUGUUAUUUUUAAAUUCAAUUCUGGAGAUUUCCAGUUCAAUUGCAAUUAGUAAACUUUCUGAAGAUGA